GUCACCCACCAAUGACCGCCAAUAAUUCAGUCGAUAUGAUAGUUCCAUUCCUUUUUCGGUCUCUGAUGGAUUGAGAAUGAACGACGGCUUCGGAGGUUUUUCUUAUCGUCUUCUUCGCACCUUCGCAUGGAUUCCUUCUCUUUUUUUUGGAUUUUGAGGGCGUCUGAUGCUUGCAAACCGCGCUUUUGCUCUGAGUGUGCCGUGGCUGCUGCUUUGGCGAUCCAAAGAGAUCAUUUGGAGUGAAGACAAUGCAGUCUGGUUUUGACAUCAAUAGGUUGCGGCAAGAAGCACUUAUACGCUGGCUGAAGCCUGCAGAAGUUUUCUUUAUCUUGAAGAAUCAUGAGAGUUUUCAAUUGACACAUGAGCCUCCGAAAAGGCCACCAAGUGGGUCUUUGUUCCUUUUCAACCGUAGGGUUCUCCGAUUUUUUCGCAAAGAUGGUUACGUGUGGCGGAAAAAAAGGGAUGGAAGAACUAUUUCAGAAGCUCAUGAGCGGCUUAAGGUUGAGAAUGUUAAUGUCUUGAAUUGCUAUUACGCUCAUGGAGAGCCACCGAAUCUUUAUUUGCAGAGGCGAAGCUAUUGGAUGCUUGAUCCGGCCUAUGAACACAUUGUUCUGGUUCAUUAUAGAGAAGUUACUGAGGGAAUAUUUGCUUCCAGAAAUAUUGCAACCCCAAGCAUCAAUCAAGAAUUAUUGGCAUUUAAUCAUGUUGAAGAUGUUCAAUUGCUGAAUUCACAUGGACAACCUCUGCCGGCCUAUAGAGACCAUAAUAAGGUUGGAGAUGUUCAAGAGCAAGUUGGCUAUAGUGGUUCUCAGAUGCUUGAUUUUGCAGGUGGUGGGGAGAAGCAUCAAAUGCAGUCUGGUAGUUCAUCUUCAGCAAUUGUUUCCAAUAAGAAUGAACCUUCUCCGAAAGAUAUGAUGAACCUAAGUUCAGAUUCAGCACAAACUGAUCUUUAUGUCACAGAUAUUUUGACUCCAGAAAGUGUUCCAGAGGCUUUAAACUUCAGUACUUAUGCAUUGGAAACAGUGUUACCACAUGAAAAAGAUACAUUUUUUCAUCCUUCACAACAAGAAACUAUGUUUGGACCUCUGAAUGAGCAGUUAGAAACACAAUUUUGGGAUCAGCUUGAUGUUGGAGUAAAUGGUCACCAAAUCUCUCAUAGUGAAUCAGGUUCACAUCUAUCAGCAGCCAGAAGAUUUUUGUUUGAAUCUGACAGUCUGAUUGAAUCACCAACUUCACAUCUUCCAGAGUUUGAAAAGGUUCAAAAUUAUACUUCCGAAGCCUGGAAUCUUGAUCAGCAAUCUAGGCUGGUGCCUGGAGAAGGAAAUGACACUGACUUGUUAGGGCCUGUGACAUCAGGCAUUGAAAACAACCAUUAUUCUUCUGAUUACUCUGGAAUGUGGGGUGAUGCAAGUCAAUUUGAAAUUCCACUGACAACGGAUUCAAGUGUGACAGUGUCACAGAAGCAACUAUUCAGCAUUCGAGAAAUCUCUCCUGAAUGGGCAUUUACCUCCGGAAAUACUAAGGUUAUCAUUGCUGGAGCCUUUCUGUGCAAUGCUUUAGACUUUUCCUGGUCAGUUAUGUUUGAUGACAUUGAAGUUCGUGCAGAAAUUGUUCAGGAAGGCAUACUCCGCUGCCGCACUCCUCAACAUGGAACUGGGAAGGUUACUUUGUGUGUCACGUCCAGCAAUAGAGAAUCAUGCAGUGAACUAAGAGAAUUUGAAUUUUGUGCAGACCCAACUAACUCUAACUCAGCCGUCACUUCAUUACAACCAGAUGCAAGGAAAAAUGAUGAGGAACUCAGGCUACUGAUGAGCUUCACAAAGAUGCUAUUAUGUAGACCUGACAGUGCAGCAAAUCAUGUUGAAUCUUUCGGAAAAGUCGGUUUGACUGAUAAUAUGUCGGAGCAGUUAACUGUGACGCUGCCAGAUACCGUAGACUGGAUUUUGCAAGAAUUAUUGAAGGACAAGUUACAGCAAUGGUUACUAUCUAGACGUCAAAUGGAUGGAACAAAAUGUUCUCUGUCAAAACAAGAACAAGGCAUCAUACAUGUUAUUUCUGGCUUAGGAUAUGAAUGGGCCUUAAGCCUGAUUCUUGAAGCUGGGGUUGGCAUAAAUUUUCGUGACGCGAAGGGGUGGACUGCACUCCAUUGGGCUGCACGUUUUGGAAGGGAAAAGAUGGUUGCUGUGCUGAUUGCUGCUGGUGCGUCCGCUGGAGCGGUGACUGACCCAACAUCUCAUAAUCCACUGGGGAAAACGGCGGCCUCUGUUGCUUCUGCGCAUGGUCACCAUGGUCUUGCAGGAUAUCUAUCAGAAGUUGCCUUAACGAGUCACCUUUCAUCUCUCACCUUGGAGGAAAGUGAGAUUUACAAAGGGUCUGCUGAAGUAGAGGCAGAAAGAAAAAUGGAAAGCAUAUCUCAGAGAAGCAAUGAGUUACAUGUUGGUGGUACAGAAGAUGAGCUUUCACUGAAAGAUUCUUUGGCUGCUGCUAGAAAUGCCACUCAAGCCGCCGCACAAAUCCAAUCGGCUUUCCGUGCUUAUUCUUUCAGGAAAAAGCAACUGAAAACUUCUAAAAGUUGUGAUCCACAUGACUUUGGCUUGACCCAAGAGGAACUAAAUGCACUUUCCUCUGCAUCAAAGUUUCGUUGGUCCUUCAAUGUUCCUCGUGAUCAUAAGUACGGUACUGCUGCCCUGGCUAUUCAAAAGAAGUUUCGCUCAUGGCAUGAACGCAAAGCCUACGUUAACAAGCGUAAUCAUGUGAUGAAGAUACAGGCGCAUGUAAGGGGUUAUCAAACUCGAAAGAAGUACAAGGAGUUGCUCUGGGCUGUUAAUGUCCUAGAAAAGGCCGUACUCCGGUGGCUGAGAAAAGGAGAUGGUUUGCGAGGAAUUCAACUUGAGCACAUCACAGACGAUGAUGAGGAUGAGGAUGAGGACAUAGUUAGACUACUCCGAAAGCAAAAAAUUAAUCCAGCACUUGACCAAGCUGUCGCAAGAGUAUUAACCUUGGUAGAAUCCCCUGAGGCACGCAAGCAGUACUGCCGAGUACUCGAAAGAUAUCGGCAAGCUAUGGAACACCGCACAGAGGGGACUGCACCUUCAGAUUCUUGCAUGUAAAUGAAAGCUCAUGUAAUUAGUUUUUAUAAGAGUGGGUGAUCAAGAGACUCGGUGCUGUGUCUUUUCCUAUAUCUGUUAAUGUUUCACAUAAAUGGUUAACAGGUUCAUUUGUUUUUGUUGUUCUUGCCAGUGAGUAGUACUAAUGAUAACUGAUUUAAAGCUCCUUUGUUUUGUGUGGGUGAACACCUACUUAUGACGAAAGUUGACUUAACUUUGACUUGUUAAAACAGAAAUUAUUUUUUUCUUGAA